AUGCAAAUCAGUCUACCUGAUGACUAUGGAUAUACACAAAAUAGAGCAAAGAAAUUUGUUGAUAUUGGAUACAACACAUUUACUAGUACCUGUGGAGUAACGUUGGAUACUUGUGACAGUGUUAACGUUAGCUUCCAUGACAAUGCUUUUAAAGGAAGUUCAUGUUCAAGAAUUGAUAAAUGUUUCUUAAGUAUUUUUGCAGAUGGAUUCCGAAACAUACCGUAUCAUGUUUUUGACAUAUCUACAAACAAAUUCAUGGGAAUAAAUGAUAAUUGUGUUAUAGAGUUGAAAAGUCACAGUUAUUUUUCAUAUCCUAAGGGAACAAUGCAGUUUAAUAGUUUUCUCCUGAAUAAAGUAUCUCGUGGUGUAGUGGUUCUAGAUACGUCAUAUUUUAACAUUUCUCAGAACAUCUUUGACAACCAUGAUUCUACAUUUGAUUUCUAUACUACUGGUUCUGGAGAUGACACAAUUAAUGCUACACAGAAUUGGUUUGGUAACAUGACAUUGUCAAUGGUUUAUGAUCGAAUCUAUGACAGAAGACAAGAUCCUAGUCUAAUGUCUGUAAAUAUUGCGCCAUUAUUACUGGAAUGGACAUUAGAUUGCUCUCUGGUGAACAAUUGCAGCAAUGAAGGACAAUGUGUCAGCCCUAACAGAUGCAGAUGUUUUUCAGGUUGGACUGGUAAAAACUGUACUGAGUAUGACUGUAAAGAUGUUAAUCAUUGUUAUGGAAAUGGACAAUGUAUUGGACCAAACAAAUGUGAUUGCCAUCCUGGUUGGGAAGGUGAUACAUGCAUUGUAGCUUCAUGUUUUGAUGUCAAGAAUUGUAGUGGCCAUGGGAUCUGUCUGAGGCCAGGAGUGUGCAAAUGUACAUCAAAGUUUACUGGUGAAGACUGUAGUAAAUGUGUUCCAUUACACUGGGGAUCUCUCUGUAGCCAAUGUCCAGAUUGUCAACAUGGUACUUGUAAUCUUACAACAGGUAUGUGUGACUGUAAUGGUAUCAACUGGUCAGACUUCUUGUGCGAUAAGUGCAGUGAGACUUUCUACGGUCCAGAUUGUCUCCCCUUGUUGAUGGUUUUACAAGUAGUACCCAAUCAAGUAUCAGACAAAGGAGGUACCGUGGUUCAUGUUUGGGGACACAAUUUCCCGGAGGUGAUAGGUCAUGUGUACAUUUGUAAAUUUGGACAAGAAAGCAUCAAUGGAACAUGGAUAGCUUGGAACCACCUAACUUGUACCGCACCGCAGCAUGAAGAAGGGAGCGUGUUCCUUGAAGUUUCACCUUAUGGUACACAUUUCACUAAUACCAAGAUAACGUUUACAUAUUAUGCAACCUGUCCACCUGGAGCUUGUGGAAGUCACCACCAGCCUCCUAAUGGUCAGUGUUUGUUUGGUGGCUGUUCAUGUAACUUACCAUGGGUUGGAAAAAAUUGUACAAUAGAACUGUUAGCUCCAAGGAUAAUGACACCAGAACAAUCUCAGUAUGUUGUGGAAGGAACUAAAUACAAUUUUGGUCUAAACUUGUCUCAGGGAAGUCUACCUGUAAGAUGGGAACUUAAUCAGUAUCCCGUUGGUAUGACUAUUGAUAAAAGAACGGGUCAGGUUGAAUGGGGUUUUACAAUAUCAACUCUGACACACCAUAUGAUCACUGCUACGGUAACAAAUGUCAUAGGAAAAGAUGUUGUGUCAUUGCAGUUAUUUGUGUCUAUUUCUUACUCAGCUUCUGUAAUAAGAAUUGAACCAAAUGGAAUAUUACCAGCGCCUACUACUGUAACAAUAACAGGAACUGUGACUUUCAACAAUUCAGUUCAACAAAAAGUUGUUCCAGUUGAUAUAAAAGUAAUCAGUUCAUUCAGUAAAAGAAUAAGAGUUCUAUCAGCGCUGACUGACCCAUUAUCUCCUAGUAGUUUUUCUGCCACAUAUUAUCCUUAUCCAGAUGAUGUAGGAAUCAUAUCAGCAAUCGCUAGUCACCCAGUGGAAUCUUCUAGAAAUGGAGCAUUUGAUUGGACAGUUCUAGGAAUGAGAUGUCAGCCAUACUAUGUUUCAUGGGAUGCUGUCAUAGAAAAUAACACUGUUGUAUUCAAAAAUAUAACAUCUUUAGUAAAUGUAGGACAGCAGCCUAUUUUCAACAUAUCCAGUCGUGUAGAUGGAAUCUCUGGAACCUACUUCCAGUCAUCAAAGAUGUCAAGUUCUGUCAAAAAUAUUUUCCUGGAUUCUCUUGAAGCCUUUGAAACUUAUACGUUUGAUUUUAUUGUGACAGAAGCUCGACCACUUCGUGGACAAAUUUAUAUAAUAUUUUCAACCCCUGAAGGAACAGAAACAAGACUUCAAGUAAACAUGCAGUUCUCGAUCAAUAAACCAUUGCUUGUUUUCACACCUGCUACACUUACAGAUAACAUUAUACGUGGAACUCAGAAAAUACUAGAUGUUAGUGUUCACAAUGAAGGGGAAGUAUCUGCUAAGAAUGUUACAGUAUCUCUUCCAAAUGAAAGUAGGUUAUCCUUGGUGUCUUUUGCAAUAGUUGGCAGCCUGAACAGUAAUGAACACAAUGACGGGAUCACCAUAGCUCCAAAUGAAGUCGCCAUGAUAUCUUUAGCUGUCACAUCUGAUUCAAAUGACGGAUUGGGGGAGAUGAGUGGUACCAUACUUUUGAAAACAGACCUGACCUCAGCAUCAAUAUCGUACAGAUUUUAUAUUGCAUCAAUAUUAAAGCUGAAUCUGACUAUUACAGUGAAAGAUGAGUAUACCUAUUUUGCAUCUGGAGCGCCACUAGUGAGUGGAGCUGAAGUUCGAUUAAUUAAUCCAGGGAGACAGUAUUCAGAGACAAGAUACACAACAAAUGAAACAGGAUAUGUGAUAUUUGAUGGUUUACAAGAAGACCGUUAUAGUCUGUAUGCACAAGCAGAGGGUCAUAGUUCAUAUUCAGCCGUCAUCAUAGCAUCACCUGACAGGAAUGAACAGGAAUUGUUCUUGCAACGGAUAUCUGUUAAAUACACCUGGACAGUAACAUCAACUACAGUCCAAGAUAAAUAUGUCAUCUCACUGGAGUCUACUUUUGAAACUAAUGUCCCAAUGCCAGUAGUUACAGUAGACCCCGCAACGGUGAAUACUAUUCCGUAUGAAUUGGGUGAAGAAGAUACCAUGGAGUUUACUAUCACUAAUCACGGGUUAAUUAGAGUCGACAAUGUCAGAUUUGCUUUUCCUUCAAACCAUCCUUAUCUCAAAUUCAACAUGACUGUUGAUGAGAUUGGUAGUCUUUCAGCAAACACAUCAAUCAAAGUACCGGUUUUAGUGACAUUACAGAAUACAAGAAAGAAAGGGAGUCUUAGCUGUUUCGUGUGUGGAUUGGCUGUUUUGUACGACUAUGUUUGUGGUCCAAGUAAACAAACAAAAAAACUGGACAUACCAGAUACAAGGCAAUAUCCUGGGCGACCACCUCUCCCAUUUUGUGAUAGUUGUAGUGCUGGGUUAGAUGAUAGUGGUGUUGAUCAUGAUGGUACAGGAAAAAUAUUCUUAGAAGGUCCUAAUAUAGAAAUUGAACUGGCAUCUUCAACAACAUAUAAUCCUGUGACACCUAUUUCCUGUGACUGUGCCAAAAGUAUGAUUAAAGGUUGUGUUUUUGGUUAUUAUUUUGGAUGUGCGGGAGGCAUAUUCUCUUUGGCAGAAUCAAUAAGUGGUGAUAACACUGGAGGGACCUCAUUUACUAGAUCAUAUGAUGUUGCAUUUGGACUUAUGGAUGCAUUUUUUGGUUGUGUAACUCCACUUCUAAGGCCUGCUUUCAAAAUACUUGAAAACGUUUACUCGGCACUUAGGUAUUAUAUUGAUCUACAAUGUAUGGAAAAGUAA